CAUAGUGCUCCGCGGCGGCACCGGGCGGAGGGUCCGCUUCAGCCGCCGCCGCCGCAAAGUGUCGCGGCGUUCUUUACGGCUGAAGCUUGAGCUUGCUUUUCCGCAGCUUUGCCCUGCCCUCCUGAGCCGGAGGUUCUGAGCCCUGGGAUGUAACGUGCAGGAUGGGAGGUCGGUCUUGAGCUCCCGCCGCCCCCAGCCGGACCGAGCGGGGCCCCCCUCCCCCGGGCAGGAUGGAGGAGGAGAGCAUGGAGGAGGAGGGGGGCAGCAGCAGCAGCUAUGAGGCCAUGAUGGACGAUCAGAACCAUAACAACUGGGAGGCCGGUGUGGAUGGCUACAGGCAGCAGCGCCCUGCGGGCCAUGCCCAGGCCCCCCUCGGGGACAGGGCCCUGCAGCUGCCCGCGGAUAGGAAGGGCCCCCGGGGGCAGCCGCAGGAGGAGGAAGAGGCCCAGAUGGUGCCCGAAGCCAAUGGCCUGAUGAAGGGCUGUGACUCUGCAGGGGCUGCUGGCAAGGGAGGAGCCGUCGCUGCUGCCACCAUCAACACCUCCACCUCCAAGUUCUUAAUGAAUGUUAUAACCAUUGAAGAUUAUAAGAGCACAUAUUGGCCAAAGUUGGACGGUGCCAUAGAUCAGCUUUUAACUCAGAGUCCUGGUGACUACAUCCCUAUCUCCUAUGAACAAAUAUACAGUUGUGUGUAUAAAUGUGUAUGCCAGCAGCAUUCGGAACAGAUGUAUAGUGACCUAAUAAAAAAGAUAACUAACCACUUAGAGAGAGUCUCAAAGGAGCUGCAGGCCAGCCCUCCAGAUCUGUAUAUUGAAAGAUUUAACAUAGCUCUUGGACAAUAUAUGGGAGCAUUGCAGAGCAUUGUGCCUCUUUUCAUAUAUAUGAAUAAAUUUUACAUAGAAACGAAGCUUAACAGAGACUUAAAAGAUGACCUUAUAAAGCUGUUUACGGAACAUGUUGCAGAAAAGCACAUUUACAGCCUAAUGCCUUUACUUUUAGAAGCUCAGUCAACACCGUUUCAAAUAACCCCUUCAACCAUGGCAAAUAUUGUGAAAGGCCUGUAUACACUUAGACCAGAGUGGGUUCAGAUGGCACCAGCUUUAUUUUCUAAAUUCAUCCCAAACAUUCUUCCCCCUGCUGUGGAAUCUGAGCUUCAGGAAUAUGCUGCUCAAGACCAGAAACUUCAAAGAGAGCUUAUGCAGAAUGGAUUUACCAGAGGUGACCAGUCACGCAAGAGAGCUGGAGAAGAGUUAACUUAUAAUGGCUCAUCAGCAUGUGCAAGCUCCAGAGGGUACAGAUAGUGAACAUACCGGAUGUGCUUUUAUUCCUAGCCAGAACAGACACUGGAGGAGCACAGAUAAUAUCCAGCGCCUCAGCUGGGGUCUGCUGAUAUUCAGGAGCUCUGUCGCAAGCUAUACCUGGAAGAGCAGUUUGGACUUUCUUCGUUAUGUAAUAAAAUGUCAGUUGCUGCUACACUCGGGAUAACUUUGAAAGACAUGAUGCUUUGGUUUGGUCUCUCAGCAAAUUCCUACUCUCUGAUUCCGUGAGGAAUGCGCCUUGAAAACCAGAUAAUUUCUAAGUGAAAAUUGGCAGCCAAAAUCAGCAGCUUCCUCCAAAAAUGUUAAAAUGGAAGAAUCUUUUUUGCACUCUUGUUUUUUAUUAUGGACAUUCUUUAAACUAAUUAACACAUCAGUGUAUUAGUUUUAAAACUUCAAGGUAUUUUCUGAAGCUUUUACUUAAAUAAUAAGAAUAAAGAUUUGUUACUUUGCAGUA